UAGAGCACAUCGAACAGAACAACACUUUCCACUUUUCUCAACUAUCAAACUACCAAAUUAGAGAAUACUCCCCCAAGCAAAUCUGAAGAUGCCCAAAUUGCAAGGACUAAGCAAAUUAAUAUAUCGACGGUCUCUUAAUUCCAGCAAAUAAAUUGCAAGGACUCAGCAAAUAGAGGACUCAGCAAGUAGUCGCUGACGAGACUCCCAUCCAGAUAUUCCGGUGCCAUAACGGUCUGGCCGAGAUUUGCUUUUUAGGAGCCUUUUUGGUGCGGCCUUUUUGUACUCUACCGCCGAAGACUCUUAAUUUUUCUAUAGCUGCAAAGUAGGUGAAACAACUUUGGUACUAGUAGGGGUUGGAGAAGCUGCAAAUUUGGUGCGAUAAGGGCAGAGGCUUUGGCUCCUCAUCUUAAAGAUAUUAUUGAAAAAGCCAAAUUUUUGUCAAAGGAUUUGAGAGAGAUUUCGGAUACUUUUGUUCGGUUGUUGAGGCUCGUCCCUUCUCCCACGUCCUCUUUGGUUUAGUUGAAUCUGAAAAAUAUUUGAAUAGUCAUGAAUCAAGAAGGGUGCUCAAGCAAAAAUAAGAAAAUAUCCAACCGUAUUCCAGCUGGAUCACUUGCAUCUUUGCGAAAUCAAAAGGUUUCGUCGUUGACAACAAAAAGAACCUUCCAAGCUACAAGAUCAAAUGCAAUUGAAGAACGACAAUCAGAAGGUGGAUUACCUUCAUCUUUACGAAACCAAAAGGUUUCAUCAUUGACAACAAAAACAGCCAUGAAAGCUCUAAGAUCAAAUGCAAAUGAAGAACGAUAAUCCGAAGGUGGAUCUCAAUUGCAAGAACAAGUGCCACAGAAUCGCACCUCUUCAGCAACACAAGGAGUACAUGAACAAGUGCAACAAGGGAAUAUGGAUUUCAUCACUCCUGCAUCAUAGGGAGUACAUGAACGAUCUGAUGACUCUACCACUCAUGAAGCAGUUGAACAAUUUGAGGAACAAGGCCCCUCCUCGCCAAAAAGAAAAAGAGGCCGUACUCAAAUGCCAAGGGUUCAUGGUAGAAAGGAGCAUAAAAUAAUCAUUUUAAAUGAGUAUAAUCAACCCGUUGGUCCUAUUAAAGAGGUUGUAAAAGAGUUGGGUAGCUUCCUCGGCAUAUUGGCAAGGAGUGAAACUUUUUGUCCUCUUAAUGUAUUUAAUUGGAGGAAACUUGACACAAAAGAUGACAUGUGGAAAUAUAUCAAGAAAAAAUAUGACAUUCCUGACGAGGCGAAACCAUGGGUUUUUGAAUCAGUUUGUAGUGCUUGGAGAAAGUAUAAGAGUCAAUUGAAGACAACUCACUUCACAACCUAUGAUAAUGAUGAGCUUCGAAUGGAGAAUAGGCCAGUAGAUAUUCCGGAAUCUCACUUUAAGGAUCUUCUUAAAUAUUGGAACUCCGAUCCUCAUAAGAAAAUGUCCGAAACCAAUACAGAGAAUCGAAAUAAGUUGAAGUGCCCGCACACUGCUGGCAGAACACCUUUUGCUUUAAUUCGCGAGGAAAAAAAGAAAGAAAUCUCUGAUACUUCAGAUACUGUAUCAAGUAAGGACAUGUUUGUGGCUACAAGAAAAAGAAAACUUGGCCGAGUAUACAAAAGCUCAUAUGACAAUACGAUUAGUAAAAUUGCUGAAAUGGAGAAAAUACAAUCAACUCAGGAAAGUGAAGAUGACAGUCAUUCAGAUGACGCUUUUGCAUCAGUCAUGGGACCUGAGCAUCCAGGUCGCGUGAGAUUGUAUGGACGAGGGGUUACCAAGAUUGUGUUAAAAGGGCAAAAAGGGAAUCUUGGGUCUUCUGAUGAGAGGAUGCAACAGAAAAUGGAGGAAAUGGAAGAGAGGAUGCAACAAAGAAUGCAUGAAAAGUUGAACGAAUAAAAGGAUGCCAUGGAACAAAAUAUUACAAUGAACAUCAUCGCACGACUUCAGCGUCUGAACCCAUAUUUGCGACUUGAUCCUGACAUGUUAAGGUUCAGUGCACGUUCACCUGUAGAAGCCUCCUCUGCACAACAAGCUGCUGUUCAACUAAACAGUCGACCAUCUGCUGGUAGUAACAAUCAAGGUGGAGUAAAUCAAGAAAUGGAUGAUGAAGACGAUUAAGAACUAGACCUUACUUGAGAUAAUUUUGAAUUGUUAUAGAUGAAUGUUCUAGGAAUCUUUUGUUACCAAUAUUUUUUGAAACUUAUUUACCCUCUUGAAAUAUACUAUACUUAUGCACUCAUGGGAUAGUGCUUUAUAGAUAUUAUUAUUUGCUUGAUGGAUAAUUUUAUAUUA